AUGGAUUCGGGCGUUGGCUUAAUAUCAUUAUCCAAGAGCGGAGAUCUGGCACUUUCCAUCGCCACGCACCUCCCAAACGUUAAAGCCACCACGUGGAUAAACGGCUGCUGCUCCAACGUCGUGCUACCCCUCUACUACAGAGGAAGUCAAAUACACUCGGCGCUGAUGUACGACCUCCGUCGUGUUACAGUCACCGAGUCUGGGGCUUACAACGUAAAGCACGGCCUUCACGACCCUCUGGCCCCGGAGAACGAGGGAUCGCUGAUCCCCAUCGAACGAGCCACAGGGCGUUUCCUCUUCGUGGCCGCAGAGGACGACCUCAACUGGGACAGUUGUCUUUAUCUCAACCAGCUGACGGAGAGGCUGAGACGUCAGGGGAAGGAUAACUUUGAGAAGGUGGUGUACCCAGGAGCGGGGCACUAUCUGGAGCCGCCGUUCGGGCCGUACUGCCCGUCCAGCUUCCACGGGGUGCUGGGGGCGCCGGUCGCCUGGGGCGGGGAACCCAAGGCCCACGCCAAGGCUGAGAUGGGCCUGUGGAACAAGAUCCAAGAGUUCUUCAGAACGCACCUGGUCCCAGAGGCUGGGGCAGCCAAAGCUAGGUUAUAG